AUGACGGGCACCAAACUGUACACGCCCGAGCAGGCAAACUAUGUCUUUGCGAGAAACAGGGAGGGCCAUAAUAAUGAGCAGAUUGCCGAACUAUUCAAAGAGCAAUGGCCUAGAUGGAGACACCGGGGCCGUCAAACCGAAUUUACCAAGUUUCAAGCCAAAUACAUCUUGGGCUCUGCGGAAUACCAAAGAAACUGGAAGGAGUUUAGUGAGAGGCAACAAAUUUCUCCAAAGGAAAGUUCAAGAGCAAAUCUCGCACUUAACAACUUUUCAACAGGGCAUCUAAACCAGCACGCGCCAAUUGCCUCGAUGAAUCACAGUAAUGGUCCUCAACAGUACGGAAACAACACUUUUGCCAACGAAAACGAGCUGAAAGCCGCGUUGGAAAGAUACAACAAUGAUUCACAUAUGCCACAGAAUAGCACAGUCGGUUUUACUGGUCACGACGUUUCGAACAUCCCUCAAAGUAACUUCGAUGUCAUGAAAGACCGCGAGGAAACUGAAAGAGAAUGGCAAGCAUUGAACCAGCAGAUGCAGAGCUCGCAAAAUCAAGUCCAAUACCAGGGCGAUCUACAGGCACAAUCGCCAGCUCCAUCUGGAAGAAUCGCAGGGCCACAAAGAACAAGACGUCCAUCGAAUGUACCUGGAGCAGGACUUCCCUACCCGCGACGAAUUCCAAUGCCGCAAUCUCCACGAGAUUACUCCCACAUGCUUUCUCCACCAAUGUCGCAAUCUUCUAGCAGAAGCGGACAUCAUCUCGUCGGCAGAGAACUCACCAUGGAGAUGCAACAGCAAUUAAUUUCUCCUCCAAUGGCUCAGAAUUCCUUCAAUCCGCAGAUGCUCGUCGGAAAAGAGUUGACUAUUGAGAUGCAGCGACAGCUUUACGAAGCAGCCCAGAGGGCACAAGGCUUCCCACGCCAGAUCAUGCAGGUCACUUCUCCAGGCGGGAAUCGACAACAGCAACAGGUCGCACGUCAGACAUCGCAGGUCACUUCCUUUGACGGGAAUCGACAACAACAACAGGUUUUCCAAGCUCGAAACAUGCAGCAGCAAGCCAUGCAAAUUAGAACUCCGGGCGAGAUUCAACCACAACAAUAUUGCCACCAGGCUCAAAGUAUUGCAAGCCCACCGACCCAAGUCACAUCCCCAAGUAAGGAACACCAACAGCAGCAACUCUACAAUGAGACUGGCGCUCUUCUAUCUCCAGAGACUCAAUCCGCGGCUACAGCCAAAGACAACCAGGAGAAACAAUACUCUGCAGCGACUCCAAACAACCAGAUUCAAUCAACUCAAGUCAUCACUCCACCAGCAGAUGACCAUCAACAUUUCCAACAACCAGCCCCCACAACCCAAGACCAAACCCAAAGAUCCCAUCUCGCAUCUCCACCCUCAGACCACCAAUCUACACCACUCCCCGAAUCCACAACCACACACACCGAUCUCUUCUCUGACACCCACAUCAACGCAGAGUUUCACCAACACACAGGCUAUGAUGGAGAGACGUUCCGUUUUGAGGAUUUCGUUGACUUCAACGCGUUCGUGGAUCCAAAACUUGAGCUUGCUACCGUAGAGACACAGGUUGGCGAGCACACGGGGGGUGGAGAGGAGACGGGUAAUGGGAAUGAGACUGCGAGUAUGGGGUUUGAUGGGUUUUUUGAUGAGGAUGAAUUCGAGGCGUUUGUUUGUGGACAGAGGGGACAGGGAGGUGAUGUCUAA